AUGUUCCAGCGUACCAUCCUCAGACAGGCCCAAGCCUCCCGCUCUCUCCUUUCCGUCCGUUCGGCGUCUUCAGCACCAUUGGCGCUUAGCCGCACGUCACAAUUCCAGCCGCAAACCCUCCGUCCAUUUGCUCCUUUGCCCAGCUUCCGCAACUACUCUACAGAGAACAAGGCCGAGGAAGGCAAGCAGGAGAAGAAUGAGAACGCUGAAUCAGAGUCCCAGAACCCCGAGGAUGCCAUUCGUAAGGAGCUUGAAAAGAAGGAGAAGGAGGUUGUCGAUUUGAAGGACAAGUAUGUCCGCUCCGUCGCAGACUUCCUCAACCUCCAGGAACGCACCAAGCGUGAUAUGGACAAUGCGCGCAACUUCGCCAUCCAGCGCUUUGCCGUUGAUCUUCUCGAGAGCAUUGACAACUUCGACCGUGCCCUCCUGGCUGUGCCCGAGGCCAAGCUCAACUCCAAUGAGCCUGAACAUAAGGACAUUAAGGAUCUCGUCUCCGGCCUGAACAUGACUCAGAACAUUUUGAUGAAUGCCCUCAAGAAGCACGGUCUGGAGAGGUUUGAUCCUAGCGAGCCUGCUGAAGAUGGCACGACCCAGAAGUUCGACCCCAACAUGCAUGAGGCUACCUUCAUGGCCAAGGCUGAGGGCAAGGAGAACGGCGAUAUCAUGUAUACUCAGAGCAAGGGCUUCAGGCUGAACGGACGUGUCCUGAGAGCUGCCAAGGUCGGCGUUGUCAAGAACGACUAA